AUGCCCCUCACCCCGCACGGAGGUGUCCUCAAGGACCUUUUCGCCCGCGACGCCCCUCGCAAGGACGAGCUCGCUGCCGAGGCCGAGACCCUUCCCGCUCUCACCCUCUCCGAGCGCCACCUCUGCGAUUUGGAGCUCAUCCUCAACGGUGGUUUCUCUCCUCUCGACGGUUUCCUCAACGAGAAGGACUACAAUGGCGUCGUCAAGGACCUUCGUCUCGAGAGCGGUGUCCUCUUCAGCAUGCCCAUCACCCUCGAUGUCGACCAGGCUACCGUAGACGAGCUCGCGAUCAAGCCCGGUGCCAGGAUCACCCUCCGAGACUUCCGUGACGAGCGCAACCUCGCCAUCCUGACCGUUGAGGAUGUCUAUAGGCCGGACAAGGCACUUGAGGCUCGUGAGGUCUUUGGCAGCGAGGACGACAGCCACCCUGGUAUCCACUACCUCUUCCAUACCGCCAAGGAAUUCUACGUUGGUGGUAAGCUCGAGGCUCUUAGCCGCCUCGACCACUACGAUUUCUUGGAGCUCCGAUACACUCCCUCCGAGCUGCGCGCUCACUUCGAGAAGCUCGGAUGGCAGCGCAUCGUCGCUUUCCAGACCAGGAAUCCCAUGCACCGUGCCCACAGGGAAUUGACCGUCAGGGCCGCGCGAUCCCAGCAGGCCAACGUCCUCAUCCACCCCGUCGUCGGCCUGACCAAGCCCGGUGACAUUGACCACUUCACCCGUGCCAUCUGGCACGCCAUUAUCCGAAAGAACCACGGUGCCACCCACUUCAUCGUCGGCCGUGACCACGCCGGUCCCGGCAAGAACAAGCAGGGCGUGGACCACUACGGCCCUUACGAUGCCCAGGAGGCCGUGCAAAAGUACCGCGACGAGCUCGGCAUCAAGAUGGUCGAGUUCCAGGAGAUGAUCUACUUGCCCGACAGGGACGAGUACAUGCCCAGGGACGAAGUCCCCGAGGGUGUCAGGACCACCAACAUCUCUGGUACCGAGCUCCGCUACAGGCUCCGUACCGGCCGCGAGAUCCCCGAGUGGUUCUCGUACCCCGAGGUCGUCAAGAACAGCGGCAAGGACCAGAUCGCCCGCGCCCUCCAGGCCACUCUGAUGCAGGGAGGUGGCCGUCCCGUCUCCAUGCUCCUCGGCGAGACCGUGCGACACGAGCUGUCGGCCGAGCUCGGCUUCAGCCGCGAGGACAGGAAGACCAACGUUGCCCGCAUCGCUUUUGUCGCCUCCGAGCUUACCAAGGCCGGUGCCGCCGUCAUCGCCGCCCCCAUCGCUCCCUUUGAGGAUGCUAGGCAGCAGGCCCGUGAGCUGAUCGAGAAGACCGGCCCCUUCUUCCUCGUGCACGUCGCCACGCCCCUCGAGUUCUGCGAGAGGACCGACCGCCGCGGUAUCUACCAGAAGGCCAGGGCUGGUGAGAUCAAGGGCUUCACCGGUGUCGAUGACCCCUACGAGGUCCCCACUACCGCCGAGCUCGUUGUGGACUGCGAGAAGCAGACCGUCAGGUCCAUCGUGCACGAGAUCAUUCUCCUCCUCGAGAGCCGUGGUCUUCUGGACAGGCUCUAA